AUGGUGGGUGUUAAGACUUGGGAAGACGAACAGAUAAAUUUGAUUUUGACCUGCAAGGAGCAAGGCAAGACAGUUUCCCAGAUCAUCGACCUGCUCAAGGCACGGUGGCCCAGAAAAGUAGUCAAAGAGAGCGGGGUCAGAUAUGUUAUGACCAACUACAAAGAAGGCCCACGGGCUCAAACUAUGGCAGGUGGUUCGAAGCCUCGAAGUCCCCAGAAUGGCGCAGGUCGCGCUUCCCAAAAGCGGCCACACCCAAAGUCUAAGCAACCAAAGUUGACUUCAAACUGGGCCGCACCACAAGCUGCAGCAAAUUUUCGCUCACGCAUAUCUCGAUCUCGAUCUCCGUCCCCGCCGCCAUCUCCACUCUUCGACCCCAUGGAUGAGUUCGCACUCGCAGCUCACAUGCGAGAAAUUUCCGGAGGACCCAUUACUGCAUCUUUAGACACUCCCCAACCUCUCAACGUACUGAACACCGGAGUACACUCGAGGACGAAACUGCUUGCUCACGCACAACAAGCUAAACACGCUCGAGAACGAGGCCAAGAAAUUCCAGCUUCUUCACCCGGAGCUAAAUCCAUCAUGGUAUCUCCAUCGCCUCAGCCACCUGCAACUGUCCCUCAAGCACACGCUACGAUUCAAGGAGAAUUCCAGCCGCAGGACAUGCACCGCACAAUGAGCAUGCCGCAGAACUUUCAGUAUAACCCACAAGGACACAUGGGACCACAGAAUAUGCCAAUGGACGGUCAGCAUUAUCACCAUAUCGGCCCAAUAGCCAACGGACUGCCAGCCACAGCAGGUUUAGGAGGCCGCAAUGCACAAUUUCGAUCCAGCCCUCAGCAUAUGGCUUCCUACCACGGACAAUUUGGAGGAGUUGGCCCAAAUGGAGGCGCAGGCAUGGGUUUCAACACAAUUCCCGGCAUGAAUUUUGGGCCACCGUUUGGAUACACCCCUCAAGCUGGAAUGCCACCGCCUUCAAUGCCGCAACAAAUGUACCACCAAGGUGGUCCGCUCAAUUAUGCCCCCACUGGAGGGUUCGCGCCGAUGAUGCCACCGAACAUGCCUUUCCAUCCGCAGAUGAAUGCAGGACAAGUCACCAAUCCCGUUAGUAAUAGUCAGUAUCGCCACGGCCCCUCUCGGACGCAGCGCCCAGUUAGUCGAAUGACCAACAUCGAUCCGCAACUUUUCGAUGCAACCACUUUUGUGGACAUGCAGCCAAUUGAUCAGCAAGCGGCCAUGGCCUUUAAUUUCUCGAGACCUCCAACUCGCAAUGGAGCCAUUGCCACACCUCAAACUAACCAUGUCCAACAGUUCAUGGCUCAGCAGGCUCGAAAUGGAGCGCAUUUCGCCCCCGGAGUCAAUCUUCCUAGCAAUUUAGCGACUCAAGGAAAUGGAAAUUGGCCAAUCCCCGCUGCAACUCAACCAAACCCUACCCGUCAGUCAAUGGCUCAGCAAGGUCAAGUUAGACCUACUUCCACUCCUCAAGUUAGUCAUUCUGGUAAUUUGAUGGCCCAAGAGACUCAAAAUGGACCGACCGCUACAUCUCAACCGAACAAUAUUCUGCAAUCGAUUGCCCGGAACGGAGCGGCUGCCACAUCUCGAGUCAACCAUCCCGCCAAUUCAGAGAUACAAGGCGCUCGAAUUGGAACAUCUUUGCAAACAAAUCCUUCUGGUAGCCCGGCUGCUCAUGAGGCACAUAAAAAGGUCAUCGUCACCUUCACGGAACCCGUUUUCGACAAGCCUUUUACGUUCCCCACUUCGUCUGAAGGCUGGAAUACAGUGAUCACGGAGGAUAUGAUGAGGGAGCUGCAGAAAAAAGGAAAAAAUAGCCCGUCUCCAGCUGAUCUCGGUUUCAGAGUUUUAAAUGGAAAAUUCGAGCUCCAUUUUGUAAGACCUGUUUUUCGCCAAGGAUGGAAUUUCUGGAAGGGAAACCCACAAGCCUCUGGCAUACCAAACAAUGAGGCGAGGUUCUCUCCACCAGCUGCGCAGAUGGACCUGGACCCUCCUGCUUCUUCCGAACAGAGUGGGGUAAUAGAAUCUUCCCAAAAUCCAAGUUCCUCGGGACCGACAAGACAGGCGACGCAACCAGCAACUGAGAGACAGGCGCCAGUUACUGGACCAACGCAAGGAAAACCAAACCAGAACCCCAAGACUCCUCCAAUGAAAGGUCCUGAUUCUUUGGCUAAUCAUGUGACUCCUUCCAUAUCACCUCUGACUCUAGCGUCUUCACCAGAUGCCAGCAUUUCUGUUCAACGGCCGGUACUCGGAGCAGGAAGAACCACGGGUCUCGCCACUCAAAAGACGCCAAACCUCUCCAAGCAACCAUUAGAGAGCCACAGCCAAACUUCUCAUAAUCGGCCGACUGGAAAGAGGGCUGCACCAACAGCCAAGCAAGAAGUGUCGCCUUCUAAGCGUCGCAAACCUUCAGCUGAAAGUUCAUCAAUUGCCAGUGGACCUGCGGGGGAAUUCCCCACGAUCACUAAAGGAGGGUUUGACGGUCGGCUAGAAUUUGCGUCUCCAUCAUAUCCAUCUGCUGUGCCGGAGGAGUUUGCUGAGAAAGUAGCGGGGCUCCCAACUCCACAACCAACCCAGAACCCCCCUUCAGGUCACUAUAAAUCCCGCCGCGAGUCCCAAUUUUCUGCUCCAUCUCAAUCAUUCGACCCGAGACCUUCUCAAGCAAUUAAGGACUCCGAGCUUUUCAAUUCUCCGCAGCGGCAAUACUCUUCACGGGUGCGAGAGUCAAUGAAACAACAGCUCGCAAACGUGCAAGACAGUGGGCUGGCUAAACCUACGAAUGAGGGACGUUCAACUGUUGGAACUUGCUCAGAUGUGCCGACACUCCCUCAGAUACACCAUAAUCAUUUACCUGAUGGCCUUCCUGCUCCAGAGCAAACACAGCAGCAAGAGCAGUCUCAACGCAGUGCAAAUGCUGAAAAUAGUCAGCAGCAGCAGGAGUAUCGCCACCCGAGCGACCUUCUCGAUGGAGGUGUUGCAGACACCGAACUUCAGCAGCAGGAAGACUAUGGCUUCGACUCCUUCGUAAAUGAUAACUCGGACCUGACUGGUAUUUUAGCCAUGGACAACGACCCGAGUUUCGAUCCAGUACCGACUGCCCCACACAUCGACGACGACUCCCCGGAGCAAGACCCAAACACAGGCUCCAGUUCUGAUUCUAACCCCGCCCCGUCCCCACAUACUCCUGCUCAGGCAGCAGUCGACGCUCAAGCAGAAUCCGAACGUCUCGCCUACGAGCAAGACCCAACCGACCUCGGUCCCUAUGGAGAUGAUAAUUGGGGCGACAAUCAGUAUGACGGUCCGUGGGAGCAAGCAACUAAUGCUGUCUUGGACGAUGAUCCUUUCUCGCUGGAGAAUAUCUUCGCAACGGGAGGAGAUUACUCGGAUAUCGUGGAUGUCGGGGGUGGUAACGAUCCGGCAAAGCCGCAGGGACUCAUGGCCGAGUUUGGCAAAUUCAUACACUAG